GCGAGCGUGGCGUGCCCCAUCAACUGCCACUGCGACUAUGGCAUGUCUGGCAUAUUGUUGGGCAUAUUUGUAAUUCUCGCCGCGGGCGUGUUCACCUUCUUUCCCGUCUUCCUGAAUUGGUUCGCGUGGGAGUGGUACUUCGACCUGUGCUGGUUUUGCCUCGGGGUCGUCAUCCUGACGUUCGGCUGCGUCUACGAGUGCUGCGUCGGCGCUCCCGACGCGAAGGCCCGGAAGGCAGAGGCGGACGUCGAGUGGUACUUCGACCUGUGCUGGCUCUGGUUCUUCCUCGGGGUCGUCAUCCUGACGUUCGGCUGUGUCUACGAGUGCAGCGUCGGCGCUCCCGACGCGAAGGCCCGAAAGGCAGAGGCGGACGUCGAGGGCGGCGCUGUGAAUGCCCCUGUGCCGUACAUCGUGAUCAACAACUAG